CCUCCGUCCUCCUUUCAGAAGUCAUGUGGUUCCUGCUCCUGUAUUUGCAAAUAUCAGCUAUUCAAGGUCUUAAUGUGAUUUUAAGUGGAUCUGACAGCCCGUGUAAAGGCCGGCUGCAGGUGCGACGGGACAGUAAAAGCCCGUGGGGCUUGGUGUGUCAUUAUGGGUGGACCUCCAAAAAUGGAGAGGUUGUGUGUAAAUCAUUAAGGUGUGGGGACGUUGUGAGGUCUGGUAUGCAAAUUACCCUAUACAGAGAUCCACCUCUACCCGAACAAUAUUUGAUGGAUCAAGUGAAUUGUGAAUCUACUGAAACAAGCCUUUGGAAUUGCACAUUUUCACCUGCAGUUGAGUGCAAAGGAAAUAGUUCUGUUUAUGUUGAAUGCUCCGGAAAUGUUAAACCGAGUUUGAAUCUGAAUGGGCAAAGGGAUAAAUGUGCUGGAGUGGUGGAGUUCUCAACGGAGAGCGGCACCUUUGGUGUCUGUAAUUCUGACUGGAAUGAGAAGAAUGCAGACAAGAUAUGCCAGGAGGUUAAUUGUGGAGGUCAUUAUCGCAUCCCCAACCCUGGAAUCUUCCAAGUACAACAGAGAGAACAAAAUGUAUUGCUUAAUUGGGAUGCCAAAUAUCAGCACUCUUGGCAAAGUAUAGAGUGGAAAAACUGCAAACAACAAGCCAGUGUGAUCUGCACCAAGCACACAAUGUUUCGUCUGCAAGAUGGCAACAAUCUUUGCUCUGGGUUGGUGGAAAUGUACAAUAUCACAGGUAAAACAUGGGUUCCUCUUCAGAAGGAAGAUGUCAGUGCUGAAGUCAUCUGUACGCAAUUAAAUUGUGGUACCACUGGAAAUUUCACAAACAAUGGCAGCCUCCAACUGACAUGCUCAGUCAACGCCACGCUCCGCAACUUCACGUCAAAGUGUUUUGGAGAUGUUUCUUUUCUUGUGAACGGCUCUGACUAUGGAGUGUGCUUCGGUGAACAUAAGAAUCUGGGGAAAGUGGUCUGUCGAGAGCUUGGCUGUGGAGAGGUGGUGGAUGUGAUAAAGACACAGACCCCCUCGUCUCGUAAUGGUUUGCUAAGUAUAGUUGAGUGCCAGGGCAACGAGGAAUCAUUGUGGCAUUGUCUGGCCAAUCGUGAUAAAAAACUAUGCCCGACAACCACAGUUAUAUGUGCAGGCAGCUUGGAUGUGCGUUUGAGUGAUGGUCUGGGCCAAUGUUCUGGACGUGUAGAGCUGCAAUGGGAGGGCUCAUGGUUGUCCAUAAGCUCCAAAGACUGGGCCGAUGCGAACUCAGAUAUGGUUUGUGAACAUCUUAAAUGUGGUAAAUCUGCUACUAAAAAACUUACUAAAAAGUACUUCAUCGAACGGAAUCAGCACCUGGAAUCACGAUGGAGUUUCAAGUGUGAAAGUUCUUCAACAAAACUCCAUGAGUGCUUGAAGAAAAGUCAGAGUCCUCCACAUUCACCAGAGGCAAACAUGCAAAUCAUUUGCCAAAAGGAAGAACUUAGGUUCUUUGAAGGUGAUUCACCCUGCCAGGGAAGAAUACGCAUCAAGUCAUUUGAUGAUAAGGCUGAAGCUUACUGGCUGCCUAAUAAAAUGAUGGCAGAGAACAUGACAGAAGCCAACGACAUAUGCUACGCAAUGCAGUGUGGUAACGGCUCCUUUGUAAAGGAGCCCAAUAGCACAUAUGCCAAUGUCACAUGUUCAGGCCCAGUGAGUGUGAAACUUCAAAACAAGCGAAUAGAACAAUGCUGGGGAACGGUGGAGGUCUGCAGAAAUGGAACUUGUGGAGGAGUUUGCAGUGACACCUGGGGAUAUGAAGAGUCCAAAAAGAUCUGUGAUAACUUGGGCUGUGGUGAACCAAUUCCGGGCCAGUUAACAACUCCCACAAAAAGCAAAGUGACUGAGUAUAGUGUGUACUGCUUAGAAGAGGUGAACAAAAUGAGCAUGUGCAAAUUUCUUCCCAACAAUGGAAUCUGCAAUAAACCAGCCCAAGUGAUGUGCGCAGGCAGCGUCAAAGCUAAACUGGAGGAUCCAAGAGACAAAUGUGCUGGAAAUGUGUCACUGUUUUAUCUCGAGGAAUGGACACCUGUCUGCGAAGAGAGUCUUAAUACAGAGCUUAAAAAAGUAAUCUGCAGGGAAUUGAAUUGUGGGGAGCCUGACGCUAGCGAUGUGACUUUGCGAGACAAGUCCCAAAUCAAAGGAAUAUCAGGAAUUCAAUGUCCAACUGGUACCAGCUCUUUUUCCAGAUGUAACCUCAAAAGCAUUUCAUAUAAAACAAAAUGCAAUGUCGGCUAUCUGAAAUGCUCAGGAAGGAAACGACUGCUCCUGUAUGAACCGGAAGGCCCAUGCAGUGGUCCUGUAUAUGCUCUGAGUGGAGAAAAAACACAACUCAUCAGCGCACAGGGAUGGGGCCCAGAGGAAGGGCAAAAGUUGUGCGAGUAUCUACAGUGUGGAAACUACACAAACCACACCACUAUACCCAGAGAAAACAAAGAAGAUUGGAGGACUGAGAGCUAUAAUUGCUCAGGGAAGGCAGAUUUGUGGGAAUGUGAGAGAAAAGAUCAGGACAUCCAGCUUAAAGAGCAAUUAAACAUCAAAUGUGACGGUAAUCCAGACAUUAAACUCUCAAACAGAUGCACAGGCGAGGUGCUCAUAAAUAAUGAGAGUGUUUGUGCAUCUCAUUUGAACACAGAAAUGUCCAAUGAUUUAUGUGACAGCCUCAAGUGUGGUAAGGCCAUCCACCACUGGAGUACGGCAGUCCCUGUUAAAACAAAUUGCUACCAUUUCAGCUGCACUGGCAAGGAGACACUGCUGUGGCAGUGCGGCUUUGAGAAGGACAAAUGUGCGAAUAUCCUUUCUGUGGCCUGUGAAAAGAGUAUUGAGUUCGGCUCCACUGAGAAGUGUGGCGGGAAGCUUGUGGUCAAGUAUAGAGGUCAAUGGGAAUAUGUCUGUGGAAAACUAAAUGAAAUUGAUACUGAAAAUGUUUGUAAAGUGCUUAAUUGCACGAGUGUUGAAAAACCUGUGGAUAAAAUGGAAAUAUCCCAAGAAAUAAAGGUGACCAUAAAUUGUCUAGCGCAGGGCCAGAGCCUUUCUCAGUGUGUUCGUUACAAAGAAGAAAAAUGCACACAUGCAACUGCUGAAAUCCAAUGUGAAGGUUAUGUUAGAAAAGGGAAACCUCCAAUGAAUUUUGGUCUGAUAGUGGGUCUAUCGCUGGGUGUGCUGGGGUUGCUGAUUAUGGUUUUUCUGUGGAUGAAUAGGAAACGCCUACUUUUAGCCUUGAGACAUUACAGAAAUAAAAAUGGCAAAGACAUCAACAUUGAUAGUAAUGAAAUGAAUAACAUGGAGAAAGAGGACAGAGAUUUGUCUCAAGGAAAGGCAUCAUUAUUAGAUUAUGAUUACUAUGAGGAUGUGGAUUCUGACAAGAACAAAACAAAUGUGGAUGCAGAUGAUAGAAGUCAAGGCUCUUCUGGUACCGAAUAUGAUGACAUUGAGGGACAAAACGGUGACAUCUCUCCUCACCAAACUCACAAUGAUGACAACCUCCCUCUCCUUCCCAAGAGACCCGACAACAUUCUUGAAGAUCAGGACACCUAUGAAGUGGAGACAGAGAACCAGGAGGAAUAUGAUGAUGUCAUGCCCGUCGAGGCUGCAGCCGAUGAAAAUGCAGAGACGGCAGACACACAAGCACAAAUGGAUGUAGCCGUGGAUGCAGGCACAGAUUCAGAAGCAGGUACAGGUGUAAAUGCAGAUGCAGUGGUGGUGACCGCUGAGGUAGAAGUUCAUGCAGAACAAGAGUAAUGAUGCAGCCUCAUGGUUACACUUUAUUUCGAUGGUCCACUUUAGACAAUGUAUUAAUUAUAAGUCAACUACAUGCAGCUAUCUUUCAUUAACUUUCAUCCUCUGUUCAGGUCAUUUUGACAUUAAAUUAAUUUUCUUUUAAUUGUUAAAAAUUGAGUUUUCAUCGGAGUAGUCCAAGAUCUCGGCAGUUCUGUAGCACUUGAAACUGGUAUAUAUACACACACACCGACAAAUUGACUGGAUUCAAGGAGUUUUUGUGGUUGUGAUAAAAAAAAGUAACUAAUCAAAUGGGGAAAUUUGUUAAAAAAAAAAAAAAAAACCUGGCACAAUCCAGAACACACACACAAAUGAAGGCAUGAGAAUACAGAACACACUCACAUGCAUACACACACUUGUACACACACACACACACACAAUCCUAAAAAUCCUCAAAAGGAACGGUGGGCAUGUAACGGGGGCAAAGGUUUUGUUCUUGUUUUGUUGUGUUUUUUUUUUUUUUUUCUCUAAUAAAAAUCAAUCAGUCACAAUGCAGACUGCACACAGAUACAGUACUUGCAAAGUUACUUAUAGUUGGUAGAAUGUCUAAAGUAAACCAUUAAAAUACUAAAGUGUUAACCCAAAUUUGACUUUUAAGAUAAUAAUAUUAAGAGAUAACAUUUUAUGUUCUUAGUGUACUGUAGAACAGUGGGAAGAUAAUACAGUCCUAAAUGCUGUGUAUUGAUUCUAACUCUCAAGAUUUAUAAGAAAAAGGACACUGUUUUAGAAUAACAAAAUCAUUAUCUUCACAACAGAGUAUGACUUGAUAAAAAAUAGCUAUUUUUUUUGUGUCAACGACAGCCAAAGUUGAUGAAAUUCUUUAGGUUUUGAUGUGUUUUGUAGUUGUUUUGAUCUGUUUUAAGUCUUUUACAUUCUUUUUCAUUUGUUUUUCAUGUGUUGAAGCUCAUGAGCAGGUCCAUGUGAGAUUUCUGCAGAAAUCCUUGAAAUCAAAAUUUGAUAUAGGCUAUUCUGUUCAUUUGUUUUCAUAAAAUCUUUUAAAAUUGUCAAGUUUUUGUAUAAAAAAAAAUUAUUUAAAGGGAUAGUUUACCAGACACCCUCUGUUUGUUGCAAAUCUGUAUGAAUUUCUUUCUUAAAGAUAUUUCGAUGAAUAUGGGUAACCAAACAGUUGAUGGGCCACAUUGACAUCUAUAGUAUGACAUAAUAGAAAUUCAUACAGGUUUGGAACACAUUGAGGAUUAGUAAAUGAUAACAGAAUUUUCAUUUUUUGAGUGAACUAUCCCUUUGUACACUAUAGCUGUGUCCCAAUUCAGAGGCUGCAUCCUUCAUUGGCUGCAUUCGAAGGCCAAAAAGGAAGCAUAUUUCAUUUGGGCCUACUACUAUGAGCAUGUAUAAAAUUAUAAUUAUGUGACAUUAAUUUUACUAAAUCAUCACAUUUUUAAGAGUUUCUAUUUGUUUUAAAAAGAAUUGUGGUUUUAAAUUUUACAAUAAGAUCCAAGUUUUCUGUUCUGUUUUUAUUUUGCUAUAUUAAGCUGUAAACUCAAAUAUUGCACUGUUUAGAAACUUUGCAGUCUUUUCAUUUUGACCCGCGUUAUUUUAUUUGCUUGCUUUGAAAAUGGCUUUUAUAAAUUUUUCGAUUUUAUAGAUCUAUUUCACAAUAAAGUAAUUGACAG